AUACAGUAUACUGUCACUUUAAAAUUUUGUUGGCAUAUUGAAAUCCAUUUAUUUCCAUAUUAAAUUUUUAAGUUUUUAUAAAAUUCUUUUUGGCCCAAGCAAAAUGGAGCAUCGUGUUAAGAUGGAAGAUGGCAAUUCAAAAACAAUUUCUGAGAUGUUAGGUAGUAUAGAAAGGUAUAAUCCGGAUCAUUUAAAAGUGCUAGAAGAAUAUGUUGAAGAACAAGCAAAACUCGGCACUUAUGAUUUGGAAGCAAACUUAGCUGUUUUGAAGUUGUACCAGUUUAAUCCACAUCUAAUGAACUUAGAUAUUACAAUUAUAAUUCUUCUAAAAGCUUUGACAAACUUACCACAUACAGAUUUUGUUCUGGCCAAAUGUUCCCUUUUGCCUAUUCAAGCAAAGGAAGAAACUGUAAAAGAAAUAAUAUAUUUGGCAGAUAUUUUAGAAAAAUGUGAAUUUACACUAUUUUGGCAAAGAGUAGAUAAAAAUCCUGCCAUUUUAUUCAAAAUAAAUGGUUUUUUCGAUUCAAUCAGAAAAUUCAUAUGUCACGUUAUUGGAGGAUCUUUCCAGACUAUUAAAAAAGAGUCCCUUAAAUCAUUACUGGGAGAUGUUGAAGAAAAAACACUUGAGAGUUGGAUGAAAAAAUAUGGGUGGAAGCAUGAUGGUGAUUUGGUUUUUAUUGCGCCACAAGACGAAAAUAUAAAAACUAAAAAUAUAUCGGAAAAGAUCGAAUUUGACAAUUUAGCUCCACUAAUGGCUCAAUGCUUGUAAUGAAAAAUAGAAUUCAAAAAGUCUGCAUAUACAUUUGGGAAACUGAUUUCUAUAAGCUACCAUUAUAAUUCAGUAUUUCUGGAACUUAAAUAUUAAGAUGUAAUAUUAGUGUUUUGCUACUGUCAUCAGCAACAAUUGCAAUAAGCUUAUAAAAAUAAAGUACUGAGUCAUAAAUUA